AUGACUAGAAAUCAUAUGGGCUUCGUCCGCGUAGGUUCAAAUCCUGCAGGUGUCGAAUUUUUACAUUAUUUUGAGGCCUUGAUUUACAAUUUAAUUGCACUAUUAUUAUUAGUUAUCACUACCUACCUACCUACCUACCCAUCUGUGAUGACCUCUAUUGGCGAUUGUUUGCUUUAUCUUCCGACUGAUCUUUUGAUAGAAUCGCCGCAUAGCGUUCAGGAGCUCAAGUAUUUUCUUGAACGGGGCAGUGAGACCGAAAAAAUCAAAGCUCUACAAGAUAUAAUUUACGUUUUAGCCAAUGAAUCCUCCAGUGCCUCAAUCAGCUCAGAAGUCCUCAUGCACAUUAUCAGAUUUGUUCUUCCUUCUCAGAAAAACAAGCAAAUUAAGAAGCUGCUGUUACUAUAUUUUGAGUUAUGCCCAAAACUGGGGGCCGACGGAAAACUGCUUCAAGAAAUGAUACUGGUCUGUAACGCAUUGAGAAAUGAUCUGCAACAUCCCAAUGAAUUCGUUCGUGGCUUUACUUUGAGGUUUGUUGCAAAGAUCAAGGAGCAAGAAAUAUUGGAGCCUCUUCUUCAAUCCAUUCGUUCGAACCUGGAGUCUGAUCGUCAAUGCAAGCGGAUUUCUUUCAUGUGUUUGAGCAAACUAGACUGGGGCGCUUCUUUUGAGCUGCUCAACUUUCUCUUGCCCACAUUUGAAUCUAUUGAUGAAUACAUGCAGCUUGCUGUGAUCCACUUUGUCAUAUUUUCGGAAUGUCUCAUUUUGGUGCUCGAGUCUCCGACCGUAACUCCGACGAUAAAGUUUGCCGCCUGCGAUGUCUAUUUGAGGCUUGCUUUCCCCAAUCAGACGAUGACGGCACAGAGGGUGUUUCCAACCAUAAUUGAUUUGAUCCUAAAAGAAUCCGAUAAUAACAUCAAGCUAAUUAUUUUGGGAAAGCUUUCGUACGUUCUUUCCGUGGCAAGCAAUACGCUGGAUAGCCAGCUUUUAGAUUUGUGGAAAGUGUUUUCGAGAAAGUCGCUGUUUUUGGUGCUUGACCACUGCACAGAGUCGACUGCAACAACCCUUUCAGACUAUUUGGGCCAGGAAAUAUUGCAGCUUUCGCUUGCGCCAUCUUCGGCUUCAAGUGAUGAUUUGAAGGUCUUGGUUUCUUCACUUUCAAAGUGUGCUCUUUACUCGCAAUCAAUUGUGAGCAAGGCGAUCCCCAUUUUUAGCCGUUUGGUGGUAGAUAGACUUGGACCAAGCCCGUCCGCGGGAGCAUGCUCAACUCAACUUAAUAGCUACCCUUUGGAGUGCGUCGAGUUUUUCAAGUAUCGUCACUUCGCCGAGAUUGACGCCAUUUUCAAGGGGCUUUCCUCGUAUCUCGACGAAUUAUCAGAGCUGAUCUCAUCAAUACUUGUGGAUAUUAAAGAGGGUGACAACGAUCUUCUCUCAUCGAAAGUCUUUGAAACAUUCAAAGCCAACAGCUGGAAGUUGCAGGUUUUCCUCGAAAAUGGGUGUCUAGGUUCUUGCGCCGCCAUUGCCUUUUCAACGCUAAAAUUGCUCGCAAAGGCGAAGGCAUGUGACACCGAGGUGCUUCAAGCCCGGGCCAUUCUGAUCGUCAUUGAUAUGCUGAAGAUAUUGAAAAAUGUCCUUUCCAACCAGUCUCUUUUUUUUCCAUCGACCGAGCUCAGAAUCAAUUUCGAUGCAUUGGAUAGGCUCUCUAUGUGUCUGAAAUUUUUGUCUGGAUCUUCUGGCGAUGAUGGUGCCGCUACCUUAUUAUCGUCCAUAUUCACCGGCUCCAAGGAAUAUUCUGUGCGGCCGUCAUCCUUUACCUCACCAGCCACUGAAGCAAAGGUUUGCUUAUUUAACCAACGUUAUUGUAGAAGGUCAAAGAGAAUUAACAUCCAGGAGGCGGAGCUGGCCAAGCUGUUCAAUUCUGAAGCUUUAAGCAUGCAGGAGUCUCAUCGCAUUACGAAGCUUGACAGCGUCCGUUUUAUCUGCCGAUCGUUUAUAGGCUUUUCGGACCCCAUAUAUGCAGAGGCAUAUGUUAGCUUUUCAGAGCUCGAUGUUAUGCUGGACAUUCUGAUCGUCAACCAAACCCCUGAGACGAUCCAGUCAAUUUGCUUGGAGUUCAUUUCGGAUUACGGAUGCGGUAGUUCUGGCUCGUCAAGUAGCAGCCAAAGGCUAUUGUUGAAGCCGCUCCAGCCAUCACUUCCGGCGUUUGGAUUUACUAAUGUCAAGGCCUCAAUCAAGGUGCGCCGUGUCUAUUAA